GUUCUCGUACGAAGUGCAACAUUCUCAUUCUCUCAAUUUCCUUUGCAACUCAAAUGGCGUCACAACCAGAGAUGGAGCAUCCUGUGAAAGCUUUCGGAUGGGCAGCUAGGGACACAUCUGGGGUUCUCUCCCCCUUCAAAUUCUCCCGAAGGAAAACGGGGGAGAAAGACGUGGCAUUCAAAGCAAUGUAUUGUGGGGUAUGCCACUCAGACCUACACAUGAUGAAGAACGAGUGGGGCGUGUCAACCUAUCCAUUAAUCCCUGGGCAUGAGAUUGUCGGUGUGGUGACAGAGGUGGGAAGCAAGGUGCAAAAGUUCAAAGUUGGAGACAGGGUAGGUGUGGGGUGCAUGGUUGGAUCAUGCGGUUCAUGCCAAAGCUGUGGUGAUGAUCUUGAGAACUACUGUCGAAAAAUGAUUCUCACAUACGGUGCCAGGUAUGUUGAUGGCACCAUCACAUACGGAGGCUACUCUGACUUAAUGGUUACAGAUGAACACUUUGUGGUUCGCAUUCCUGAUGGCAUACCUCUUGAUGCUGCUGCGCCUCUCCUUUGUGCUGGGAUCACUGUUUAUAGCCCUUUGAGAUAUUUUGGACUUGACAAGCCUAAUCUUCAUGUGGGUGUGGUGGGUCUUGGUGGGCUUGGUCAUAUGGCUGUCAAGUUUGCCAAAGCUUUUGGAGCUAAGGUAACAGUAAUUAGUACAUCACCCAACAAAAAGGAAGAAGCAAUAAAACAUUUGGGAGCUGACUCAUUUGUGGUUAGCCGUGAGCAAGAUCAGAUGCAGGCUGCAAUGGGAACCUUGGACGGUAUCAUUGACACAGUUUCUGCUAUCCAUCCUCUUAUGCCUUUGAUUGGCCUGAUGAAAUCUCAUGGUAAACUAAUCAUGGUUGGUGCGCCAGAGAAGCCUCUAGAGUUGCCAAUAUUUCCUUUACUUUCGGGGAGGAAGAUAGUUGGUGGCAGUACCAUCGGAGGGAUGAAGGAGACGCAAGAGAUGGUUGAUUUUGCUGCUAAACAUGGUUUGAAACCUGAUAUUGAGGUUAUUCCAAUACAUUAUGUGAAUACUGCAAUGGAGCGCCUCCUCAAAGCAGAUGUGAAGUAUAGAUUUGUUAUUGACAUUGGAAACACAAUGAAGGCGAGCUCUUGAAGACAAAAUAUGCACACUAUUAUUGAUUUAGAUUUCAGAAACUGAACGUGGGGCAGGAUUAAAAAAUAAAGAUUUAAUCCUUUUUAUUUUUAUUUUGGAAGCUUUAUUUGUGUCUGCCGGUGUGUUUUGCUUUGAGGAUUUUGGAUCCUUAAUUCAUGAAAUAGAAAAUUAAUAUGUAGGGCCUGUAAACUCAGUUGUGGUGAUACCUUUGGGAUGAUCAUCGUACUACAUUUUAUUAAGAUAACUUUU